GGCUUCCGGGCGAUGACAAAGACCGACUAUAAGGCUUGGUCUGAUCAGACCGCGUUCCCCGAAAGUGGAAACCUGAGCCGAUUCUCGGCCAGAAAAGCUUUCAGAAUGGGAAGCACUGCGUGAUAAUGUGAGGAAUCCCGCUGACAGACCCUUGACAGCCCGCCGUGUGGCGGAGAACGCAAGGCUUGUUGGGAAGGCGGACCUAGCGUGCAAGCUGGCCGGACGUGCUACGCCGUAGGCGCAGGGCUCUUCGGGAAAUGUGGUCCCUUGGCUCGGCCCGGGCGGUGGCCGUGAGCCCUGCAACCCGGGCGGCCCAUCCAGCCUGAACCAAGGAUGGCUGGGCCUGGAGGCUCGGGGGCCCAGAUCGGGCCCGGGGCCCUGGCAGGAGGUUUGCGCUCCAAGGUGGCUCCGAGUGUGGACUUUGACCACAGCUGCUCAGACAGUGUCGAGUACCUGACGCUCAACUUUGGACCCUUCGAAACAGUGCAUCGCUGGCGGCGCCUCCCGCCCUGCGACGAAUUUGUAGGAGCCCGGCGCAGCAAGCACACAGUCGUGGCAUAUAAAGAUGCCAUCUAUGUGUUUGGCGGAGACAACGGAAAGACGAUGCUCAACGACCUCCUGCGAUUUGAUGUGAAGGACUGCUCCUGGUGCAGAGCCUUUACCACUGGCACCCCACCAGCUCCCCGUUACCACCACUCAGCUGUUGUCUACGGGAGCAGCAUGUUCGUCUUUGGGGGCUAUACUGGAGAUAUUUAUUCCAAUUCUAACUUGAAGAAUAAAAAUGACCUCUUUGAAUACAAGUUUGCAACUGGCCAGUGGACAGAGUGGAAAGUUGAAGGGCGGUUGCCAGUUGCCAGAUCAGCCCAUGGGGCCACAGUGUACAGUGACAAGCUCUGGAUCUUUGCUGGCUAUGAUGGCAAUGCCAGGUUGAACGACAUGUGGACAAUUGGCCUCCAGGACCGAGAGCUCACAUGCUGGGAGGAGGUAGCCCAGAGUGGGGAGAUCCCCCCAUCCUGCUGCAACUUCCCUGUGGCUGUGUGCCGGGAUAAGAUGUUCGUGUUCUCAGGGCAGAGUGGAGCCAAGAUAACCAACAACCUCUUCCAGUUCGAAUUCAAGGAUAAGACGUGGACGCGCAUCCCUACUGAGCACCUGCUCCGGGGCUCCCCACCCCCGCCACAGCGGCGCUAUGGACACACCAUGGUGGCCUUUGACCGACAUCUCUAUGUGUUUGGGGGUGCGGCAGACAAUACACUGCCCAAUGAGCUGCAUUGCUAUGAUGUGGACUUCCAGACCUGGGAGGUCGUCCAGCCCAGCUCUGACAGUGAGGUUGGUGGGGCUGAGGUGCCUGAGCGAGCUUCCUCUUCUGAAGAGGCAUCAAUCCUAACCUCAGAGGAGCGGAGCAGCUUUAAGAAGUCCAGAGAUGUGUUUGGCUUAGACUUUGGCACCACCUCAGCCAAGCAGCCUGUCCACCUGGCAUCAGAGCUGCCCAGUGGGAGGCUCUUCCAUGCAGCCGCUGUCAUCUCUGAUGCCAUGUACAUCUUUGGGGGCACUGUGGACAACAACAUUCGCAGUGGAGAAAUGUACAGGUUCCAGUUUUCUUGCUACCCUAAGUGCACACUGCAUGAAGACUAUGGGCGCCUAUGGGAGGGCCGCCAGUUCUGUGAUGUGGAGUUUGUGCUUGGUGAGAAGGAAGAGUGUGUGCAGGGCCAUGUUGCCAUUGUCACUGCACGAAGCCGCUGGCUUCGUAGGAAGAUCUUGCAGGCUCAAGAGUGGCUGGCUCAGAAGCUGGAGGAGGAUGGGGCCCUAGCUCCCAGGGAGGCCCCUGGUUCAGCUGUGGGCAGGGCACGGCCACCCCUGUUACGUGUAGCCAUUCGUGAGGCUGAGGCCCGGCCAUUCGAGGUGCUCAUGCAGUUUCUCUACACAGACAAGAUCAAGUAUCCACGGAAAGGCCAUGUAGAGGACGUGCUACUCAUCAUGGAUGUAUACAAGUUGGCGCUGAGCUUCCAGCUGUGUCGCCUUGAGCAGUUGUGUCGGCAGUACAUUGAAGCCUCUGUGGAUCUGCAAAAUGUACUGGUUGUAUGUGAGAGCGCUGCCAGGCUACAACUGGGCCAACUCAAGGAGCACUGCCUGAACUUCAUAGUGAAGGAGUCCCACUUCAAUCAGGUGAUCAUGAUGAAGGAAUUUGAGCGCCUCUCAUCCCCUCUGAUUGUAGAGAUCGUUCGUCGGAAGCAGCAGCCGCCCCCUCGAGCACCCUCGGAUCAACCUGUGGACAUUGGCACAUCUUUGAUCCAGGACAUGAAGGCAUACCUGGAGGGGGCAGGCUCGGAUUUCUGUGACAUCACAUUGCUGCUAGAUGGCCACCCACGACCAGCCCACAAAGCCAUCCUAGCUGCCCGUUCUAGCUAUUUUGAGGCCAUGUUCCGUUCAUUCAUGCCAGAAGAUGGGCAGGUGAACAUCUCUAUUGGGGAGAUGGUGCCCAGCAGACAGGCAUUUGAGUCCAUGCUACGUUACAUCUACUAUGGCGAGGUCAACAUGCCGCCUGAGGACUCACUCUACCUGUUUGCAGCCCCCUACUACUACGGCUUCUACAACAACCGACUGCAGGCAUACUGUAAGCAGAACCUGGAGAUGAAUGUAACGGUGCAGAAUGUGCUACAGAUUCUGGAGGCGGCUGACAAGACACAGGCACUGGACAUGAAGCGGCACUGCUUGCACAUCAUUGUGCACCAGUUCACCAAGGUCUCUAAGCUGCCCACACUGCGGUUGCUGAGCCAGCAGCUGCUGCUGGACAUCAUAGACUCCCUGGCCUCCCACAUUUCUGACAAGCAGUGUGCAGAGCUGGGUGCCGACAUCUGAGGAUCUUUGUGAGGACUCUACCUGUUUGGAGAGUGAUGAUACUCAACCGAUUGGCCACAUCUCCACCUACAAUGUGAUCAGACCUGUGGUCCCCAGCUUCUACUGGGCAGAGGUGUACAGGAACUCCUAAAGGCUGGGCUUCAUUUCGGACACAGGCCCCAUAGGGAAUGGAAGUGAAGCAGACUCCCUUUCCAGCUGGCACCUCUUCCAAGGAGACCAAGGCUCAGGGACACUGCUCAGUGGUAGAUGAGUGUGGCUUGUGUUCCCAGUGUGUUGUGGAUCCAGGUAUAGAAUCCUAUUGUCAGGAGAUCAGGGCUUGUCAAGUUACUCUACCAAUAGGCUGUAUUCCACUCCUAACCCAGAAUUUAAGAAUGGGGAUCAGUGAAGUGUCUGAUUCUAGACAUGAACUUUGGAGAUUUUGCUCCCAGCUCACAGGGCAGCAAGUGUAGCUUAGCCUCCCAGACAGGCUGCAUGUUCCAGUCCACCCCGUGUGCAUACCUGGGCCAGGGAGGAGUCAGCAGAGACACACACAGCUCUUGUGUUCUGUCACGGACAUGCCUCCUUUAAAGCUGUGGCAAUGCUGUGUACACACUUGGCUGGCAUAGUGGCCACCUCUAGUCUGCCCUCCUGAAGCACAUGGCAGGCAGUUCCAUGGCUUUAGGAGAUUCCCCAGAUGUGGGCUUAGCACAUCUGCCCGUGUCAACACAUGGUGUCAGUCACAAGGGAGAGAAGAUUGCAUAUCUGGGAUAUCUCCUAGGAGACUUUCCGAGCAUCCAUCCUAGUUACCUGAUUUCAGGGUGUCAGAGCCUACAUCCAGUGUAGCACAGUGGGCCCUUUCUGAGUACAGGAACCUACUCUGUCCUAGGAAGACAGAACUCAUUUUGGAGAAAUGCUUGACUCUUCCUGGCCUUAGAACACAUUUUCCUCCUGUGUUCCAUUCACCCCAUGCUGUGGGGCUCUAGGUAGAAAAGUGCCCAGGAUGGCAGGCAGUCCCAACAGAUGACCAGGAAGUGGUUUGGUUUAUAAGAUGAAGUACUGAGCUCAAGCAGCAGUUUAGCUGAGUGGAGGGUGCCAGCCCAUGGUGGGCAGCCAGGCAGGCUUGAUGUGAGUCAGCUGUGCUAUGUCAUAGCCAUUCCCCCAAGGUGGUGAGCUAUUCCAAGCCUCUUUUUUUUUGUGUGUGUGUGGGGGGACUUUGGUCUGCAAAUCUUGCUUCAUGCUGACCCCUGUAACUGGACCUUCAAUUAUCUCCUCUACACAGGAUAUGAAUAAAAAUAUUCACCCAGGGUUUCAAAAAGAAAA